AUGCUAAAGACUUGUCUGUUUUCUCCACAAUCUGGUGAUUCAGAAGAUCCUACGAUUCGCAACCUUGUGAACGCGCCAGGAGAUCUAGAUGAUGAAUCUCUCUCUGACUUCAUCUCGCAAAUUUUUGAUGAUGGAGGCGGGAACUCAGGCUCGGGAGGUGCUUCUGUGGGAUUAAACGGUCCUGGUGGUGGAGGCUAUAAUAGUCCAGAGGAAAAUGGUUCUGGAAACGGAGGCUCAAACGAAUUUUCUAACUUCCCUGGCUUCCCUGGCUUCCCUGGCUUUGAAAAUGGUGGUGGUUCAAACAAAAACCUGGGAGAUAAUACCCCCGGCAAUGGAGGCUCAAACGGAUUUCCCAGCUUUCCCAACUUCCCGGGCCUCCCUGGCUUUGGUAACAACGGUGGCUCAAACAACAAUCCAAGCAAUAACAAUCCAGGAAACAAUAACCCAGGAAAUAAUGGUGAUGCAAAUGGUGGGCAAUGGUCAAUAGAUAUUAUUGCUCCCAUCAACACGAUUGAAUGCUCUGUCGACGAGUUCUUCUACCAGGUCCAGUCGCAGCCCCUACAACAUGGGGAGCAAAAUUCUCUAUAUCUCCCUUGUGCUUAUGAUAUGACAUUCAUCUUCCUCCAAUAG